AUCACUUGCCACAAAAUCUGUCAGGGGUGCGUCGUAAGACUCCACAGUCUAGGUUCCAACGCGUGCAUGGGUUUCUUUCCAGUAGUGCAACAAGUUUGCAGAGGACUACAAGUCGUGAAAUCAGUCACAGCUCACACUGUCUCCCAGUGAAUGAGCGCGCACCGGUUGGUGAUCUUAGAAGUGCGCACCAGUAUUACCAACGUCGCCGUAGAGAAAAUCGACCUAAUAGAGUGACAGAAUAAUCGUUUAUUCUCUUUCCGUCGAUACUGGUUAUUGCAAAUAGUAGUAUAUGGUCGAGAAAGAGUCAUGAGGGGUUUAGAAGCAAAUAAAGAGUCCCGGAGCGCGGCGAAAAUGGAGAGCGACACCGGUCCUGGCAAGCGGCGGCACUGUCUGAAAGCUCUCGUGGAUGUGAUACCGUUUGUGUUUUCUGUUGUGUCCUUCGCCUUUUGCUUUUUGCUAAGUGUUCAGACCAGUGAGAUUAAGGACAGAGUGUUGGAUUUGGAAAGUGGAAGUGAUGCGCGCCUAUUAAGUCCCUUUCAUGCUCUCACUAUGGAUGAGUUUAAUUCAAUGUUACAGGAGAGAUUGGACAAGCUAAUGUCACAGCGCUCUUAUGAACACAUGGCUAGAGUGAGGACUGUCCGGCAAACCUCACCAGAAUGCAACUGCCCACCAGGUCCACCAGGAAAAAGAGGAAGAAGAGGACGCAACGGAGACCCUGGACCUCCUGGUCCACCUGGUCCAAAAGGCGAAAAGGGCGAUCAAGGCGAUCAGGGACCACGGGGACUUCCUGGUCCACCCAGUCUGGCUGCAUUACACAGCAAUCAAAUCCUGACUGUGAAGAUGGUCUUCCCUAAGAUCAAUCAUGGCUUUCUUUCUGCUGAUCAGCAACUCAUUAAACGUCGACUCAUUAAGGGUGACCAAGGACAAGCGGGGCCCCCGGGACCUCCUGGGCCUCCGGGCCCCCCUGGCCCCCGGGGUCCCCCAGGGGACACAGGGAAAGAUGGUCCUAGGGGAGUCCCAGGGCUUUCAGGAGACCCUGGAAGUCCAGGCGAGACUGGUCCAAUGGGACCUGAAGGCCCUCCGGGAUUGAAGGGUGCCAUUGGUCCACCAGGUAUUGAUGGAAUGAAGGGAGAUAUGGGUAUUCCAGGAUUAGAUGGAAUCCCUGGCGUCAAGGGUGACAUAGGUGAACGGGGUGAAAAGGGAGAUACAGGAGAGGAAGGCCCAAAAGGUGACACUGGCGAGAAGGGUGAUUCAGGAUCAUCUGCAGCCGGGAUCAAGGGUGAGCCGGGCGAGCCAGGACGUGGAGGACUAAAGGGAGAGCCAGGACUUCCAGGGCUGCCUGGACUCCCCGGGAUUAAGGGUGAACCUGGUUUCUAUGGGCCUCAAGGUGAGCCUGGCCUACCAGGCCUGCCAGGAACGAAGGGAGAAAGAGGAGAACUAGGGCCACCUGGUAAAGGUGAACGUGGCGAGCAAGGUCCAUCAGGACACAAGGGAGAGCCAGGGGAAGCAGGAACUCCAGGCCCUAAAGGUUCAAAGGGGGACACAGGUGACAAAGGAGAUGUUGGCCCAACAGGACCACAGGGUCUAGCUGGAGAGAAAGGUGACCAGGGUACAACAGAAAUCAUUGACUACAACGGAAACAUACAAGAGGCUCUUCAGAAGAUAACUACUAUUACAGUUACGGGCCCACCUGGACCUCCUGGGCCAGUUGGACCAAAGGGAGUGAAGGGUGAUCAGGGUGUUCCUGGACUUCCCGGCCUGGAUGGAGAGCGGGGUCACAAGGGUUCAAAAGGUGACAUGGGAAUGCCAGGAAUAUCAGGAGAAAAGGGGGCAAUGGGAAUGCCAGGCUUACAGGGUGUGAAUGGUCUGAAAGGAGACAAAGGAGACGCCGGCCUUCCUGGCCCUCAGGGACCCUCAAUUAUUGGGCCGCCGGGGGCACCGGGGCCACAUGGACCACCUGGCCCCAUGGGUCCUCAUGGGGUCCCUGGGCCAAAGGGGGAACCCGGGUUGCAUGGUGUCAAAGGAUUGCGUGGGGAGCCUGGGCAUAAGGGUGACAGAGGACCCCUGGGUCUCCCUGGAUCAUCUGGCUUAGACGGCAAGCCGGGACCCAGGGGUAUGGAUGGACCACUUGGUGCUUCUGGUCCAGCGGGUCCAAAGGGAGAUAGAGGUGAGAAGGGUGAUGUUGGUGAUCCUGGACCCAGAGGGCCAUAUGGGUUACCUGGAGCUACGGGGACACCAGGAAUGGAUGGGGAGAAGGGAAAGAAAGGCAAAAAAGGGCCUAAAGGGGAGAAAGGAGAACAGGGUGCCCCUGGAUUAGAUGCACCCUGCCCAUUGGGUCCAGAUGGACUUCCAAUGCCAGGCUGUUGGCAGAAGGGCGUCACGCCUUGGCUGGUGGCUUGAGAACGCGAUCGUUUUCUCUGGAAAAGUGUGAUUGCUGGUUUUCUUUAUUUGCAUGGAGGUCCGGCCUGUUGUGCAUCAUUGUCGCACACAGAGCCUGUUAAUGUGACGACUUGCAUUGUGAGAAGAACAGGUGAGAAGAUCCACUGUACUUUCCACGGCCACUCCUGAGAGUUUUUCCGGAUGUGCCUACAUGUUUGAAUCUCGGAAAUACUUUAAGUAGGAUGGUGUGCGUGAUGAUGCACGGAAAGUCGCUACGUUUAUCCCUCCACCAGCAAAACCAUCUUUGUUAACUCUUCAAAUGGGUUGCUUUGGUAGCAUUGAGCUGCACAGCCUAAUCUACUGAGAACAGAAGGAUGGAUCUCAAAGACUUUUAUGUUAAUAUUUUGAUUUGCUCAUUUUGUGUAUUAUAGCCUUUGGUGCCUGAAAUCAUUUGCUAUUCAUUCCUUUAUUGGAAACAGUUUAUAUGCUUUGAGUUGUAGAAAUUAUAUUUCAGAGUGUAUUUCGGUAUUGCAGCUAUAAAGGCUCACAGUUGCUGUUCAUGCACUGUACAGUAGGAGCAGAAGUCAAGAGUUCAAAGUGAUUUUUUUCAUAGUUUCAGAACGUCACAAGGAGUGUUUUCGCCCUAACUACAUACAUACCGUGGAUGUUAAACCUUAAAGAUGUAUAGGUAAAGGUGAAGAAACAGGUUUGUGACUGUAUAUUUACAACAGUUCAAAAUGCCUCUACUUGUGUCUGUUUCACAAAAACUGCACCAAUUGGUAUUAGUAAACACAUACAGCAAACCCUGAUCCUUAGUCAGCAAUGAUGAUUAUUUUAUAUAUCAUAUUACAACCAGUUCCACUACAUUCCGUUAUCAAUCAAAAUGCAAACUUAUCAUUUGUAUUAUUACAGCUUUUAUACCAUUUGACCAUUGAAAUGUUUAAAGGAGGCCACAAGCUACAGUAUUAAAUAAGCAUGCAUGAUGUUAAAAUGUUUUAUCUGUAUGGAGGUGUCUUUUAACCUAUGAUGGGCAUUUAAGUUAUGAAAACCUCAAUGCAGAAAACGUUGGUAGCAUUGUUUUGUAUGUACUGAAUUUAAUGAUUAUUGGUAGAUAAUUUACCUACCUAUUUUAUGUACAGCAGGGUUUGGGUCAUUCUUAAGACAGCUGGUUGGUUUAUCGACAGUCAUUCCUUGUGUUGAAAGACCUUUUACCAUACAGUGUUUUUUUUUUUUGUGCUCAAAUGCAAUUUCAUAUAUGAGGUCAACACAUUUUUUUGUUUGUUCUUAUGGUAGUUUAGACAACAAUUCAUCGGUUCAUAAAUAUAUUGCUGAAUAUCAUUGAAACUGUGUUGAAGGAAUAAGUCUCAUUGCCAUUUAGUAGUAUAUGUAAUACAUUUCUUUCUUUCUUUCUUUCUUGUCGUUGUUGCAUUGAAUGUAUAUAAAUAUAUGUAUAGUGGACAAUGAGUGUGCAGUUAAAUAUGUGUUCAUUUGAUUUUAAAAAGUGCAAUUUAUAUUUCUCUUAUGUAAUGUGCGCCAUAUGCAAAUGCAACUUGAUGUCAGUUACUCAGCAGUAUUGUUUUAAAUGAGAAUAUAUUUUCAUGUUGGCACUGAUGUUAUUUCUGUUAUAGUACAACAUACUGAUGCAAAUGAGGCUGAAAACAGUAAUGGCUAUAGGCUGGAAUUUUACUUUUAAUUUUACGUCACUGUUUUAUUGCAUGCAUACACCAGUCACAUCGAUUUCUUUUAAAGCCAUUUGUAGGCAUUUAAAUGAAUAUUUUAUGAAUGUUUGUGUCCAUUUAUUGUAUAUUGUCAGGAGCUGUCUUAUUUUUUGUAUAUAAAAGGCAUGGGAGCCAGUUGUGUCUUUUAAACUCAUUUAGUCCUUUCUGGAUUUGCUAGACGUUUGAUGGUGGUGGUGCUGAAUGAAACAUUUCCUUGUUUUUCCGUUUUUUGACAAAUGUUUAUUACAGAAAAUUCCAUUGCUUUAUUUUCCUACACUUUGUAAGUUAUGACAAUCUAUGAUUUUCUAACAUGUAUGUUUGUACAAUGUAUUAUUACUUUUUUUUAGCAUAUAGGACAAUUUUUCAACCACUUUUUUGAAUAGCAGCAGACAUUUACAACAUAAACAUCACCUGCCUAGAUAUCUAAAAUAAUAAAUCUAAAAACAUUAUGUUAGCCUGCGUAAUGGUUAUAUACAAGAUUUCAACAUUCAUUGUGGGCUACAUAAUUUGAACAGGUGUUGCAAUAUAUGCCUAUUUUAAUAUUACAGUAGCCAAAAACGAUCAAAUCACGACAUAAGUCGUUUCUUUAACUGUUACAUUGUUAACUUCAUUUGUUGUUAAUGUUUUGCUGAAAUAUUGUUGGGGAUUUCCUACAAGAUUGUUUAUUGUUGUGCGUGUUUAUAAAUGACUCUGUCACUUUAAAUACAUGCUACAGUUCUGUUAGAGCCAAAUAAAUCCAGUUUUCUCAAGUU